UUGUUACAGUUUGUCAUGGUAUAUCAAUUUACUAGCCAUAUUCUGUGUGUAUAGGUACAUUACCACAAUUGAAAACGAAAAAUGACCAACAAUUUAAAAUACGAUUCAAAUAUCGCCAUUAUUUUUAUUAACUUACUGCAUUCAAAAUUGGAUCGUCAACUUCUAUCGUCCGCUCAACGGGAAUAGUUACUGCAUUUACUAACUUUUUAAAUUAGAUAUUAAACGGUUCCUCGUCCUGUCUUCUACGAUUAGGUUCGGGAAUGUGCAUAUCAUGCAAAAAAAUAUGGACAGCAUUACAUGUCCUAGGGAGUGUUAUUUAUGUAUCAACGGGCGCGGUCCAGAUUGUAAUUGGAAUAUUUUUUGUGAUAUCCAUACCAAUAUUUAGUUUAAGUUCAAAUAUAUGGGCUGGCUCAUGGAACGUUUUAGUUGGAAUCUGUGGCGGAAUGUUUGCAUGUUUUGGAAAACAAACAGCGGGCCGUCAAGAAAUGUUACUAUAUUUAAUAGUCGCAGUAAUAAUCGUAAACACGGUAAAUGCGGCUAUAUGUGAAUGGCAUUUCUUGAUGGCCAAUGUUGGAGAUGCAUUCGCGGACAUAACUACAGCAUUACUACUAGGGAAGAAUAGUACUUCAGAAUUAUUACCAGACGAGAAGAAUAAUUUUAUUAAUAAUAGUAAUAAUAUAUAUUAUGUUGUACUCACUACACGUAUUUGUGCAGCCGUUGUGAUUAUUACAGCGUUUGUUGAUAGUCAAUUUACAUAUUGUUCAAUACAAAGUCAAAAUCGAUCUCAAACUGCCAAAGCGAAGAAGAAUAAAGGAUCACAUGAACAAGUGUCUGAUAUAGAGUAUAUUAUUCCUAGGCCAAAAAAGAAUACAGCACCAAAAUCAAAUAAAAAUAUAUAUAAUGCAUACGCUCAAUCAUGGGUAUUCGAUGCCGAUGCAACAGUCUCAACAAACAAUUCUGAAAAUAGUCCAUAUCUAAAAUUGGAUGAUGUUAUUGAUAAUAACGAUUCAACAACUUUAAGUGUUCCAACACCGACCAAACAAAGUUUAAAAUAUGAUAUUAUUACACGUAACGGUUCAAUAACAAGUAGCGCACUAGCAUUCGAAGACACAGAUAACAUAUUAAAAACACCCGUUGUACAUAUAGAAGAAGCGUCCGAUGAUAGUAAUAGUAAUAACACAAACGUUGGCGGUGGUGUUCGAAAAUUGAGUGCAAUGAAAAGUUUCUCACGGACACCAUCACCAAAUGUAUUAUCCGCAAGCUCGUCACAAGUGAGUCUUGUUGUAGUCACACCACAAAUAUAUGAGUGCUUAGAACGAUUAACGGAACCAUCGGUGUAUCGAUCACGUUUAAGUACAGCGAUUAGUGAACGGGAUAUACAACAACGAUGUAUAUCACCAGUAUCAUGUAAAUCACCAGGUCAUCCAGAUUCUCGGUCACCAAUCGGUGGUGAAAAAGUACAAUAUGCAUCGUUAAUGCAAGAAUUACAGCAACAGUUUAUGAAUAAAAAAGAUAAAUUAAAACAUCAAACAUCGUCACCCCCAAGUGGGGAUCAUAGUGUUACUGUAUCAGAUAAGAGUAGUCGCCAAGAGGAGUCAUCAUCACGUACCACAACUGACCCGAAGAGUAAUAGUGAUGCAGAGUUCUCAAAAGAAUUAGAAGCUGCGUUGCAACUUAUACAAGAUUUAGAAAGUCCAAAUACAACGAUUGAAACACCUUCGGAAGAACCACCGCCGUAUCGUAUACAAAAAACAUCAAAUGUAUGGCACCAACGUGGAGCACUAAACGUAGAUAAUAAUUGUACUAUAACUGAUGAUAAUACAAGUGAAAGUGAUGAAAAAACAUUAAGUGCAAUUGGUUCAUUAGCUGAGCUAACAUCACCAAUGACAGAAUGUUUUCCAUCCGAUGUGCUACAUACAUUUAAACCACAAUUACAUGGUAAGAGCACAUCAGUGAUUAGCAUAUUAAACACUGAUUCACAAAGUACUUCAGGAUAUAGUUCACCAACAUUCCAUAAUUUUAAUGGGUCGAAUAAUAUAAUUAAUAACAAUACACAUCAAUUAUCAAAUUCAUCAUCCAUAAAUGGUAGUACAAAUGAUUUGGGUAAUAAAUUAGCAUGUUCAAUAUUAAAUACAAAAACAGCAACGAUAAUAUCAUUACGACGACCAAUCAAUAAUAAUUUAAUCAAUAAUGAUCAUUCAAAACCACAUUGAACAACGGGUGCAUCAACAGCUUACUGGACAAAUACCAUCAGAAUCGCAUUGCUAAAUGGAAAAUCCGUAAAGC